CAUAUAUGCAUCGACGUUCAUGUUUCUGCACACAUACGUGCCUACAUUCUGCAUCUGAGACUCCAAGCUGACGCCAGUCCUUACUUAGUGUUCGCCGUCUGCUAUGGCUAAAGGUGGAGAAUAUCGCAACUUGUAUCCCGCUAUUGAACCCUACGACACGGGAUUCUUAAAAGUUUCCGAGAUACACACUAUCUACUAUGAACAAUCUGGAAACAAGUCUGGUAACCCAGUAGUUUUUAUGUAAGACUUUUAUUUAGUACAAUUUAUAUUUUGGUUUAAUAGCACAAAACGGGAAUAGCAAACAGGCUAUCUAGGGGUAGGAAAACUAUGGCCCGUGGGUGCCAUUGAGCCCAUUGUGGUCCGCGGCUUCGGUUAAUCCGGCCUGUCGAGUCAAUUGUCAAUAGUAAUUUUUAAGUGACAGAAAAAUUAGUGUCGGUGAAUAGUACGCAUCGAACAUAAGCAGGGGACAUUUCGACGUGGCAGAAAAAAAUCCAUUGGUCAGUAAAUUUUGGAUUGGACAAAAUUGGAGUUCGUUUCAAUAAAUGGUUAUAAAACAUUUGGAGUGAAGGGAAAGGUUUAGUUUGGGGAAAUUUACAAGACUGUUAAAAUUAUGGUACUUCAUUGCAUCAACAGGUAUUGUGUGGAAAAUAUUUGAAUAAAUCUUGUUUAAUUGAUCCUGUGGUUUCAUUUGUGAACUUAUGGCCUUCAUCAUUGUAAAUUUCAUAUGUUUGUAACGGAAAAUUACCGGAAUAUCCUGAUUAGUGAAUACCCUACCAAGUGACUUAAUGGUGGGAAGGUUUGUUGUGAUUUUGAAAAAAAAACUUAUAGCUGAGAUUGACCAUCAGCCUCAUCAGGCCAUCAGUGAGAAGGCACAUUGGCUAAAACAAAACUUUAGCAAGUCUCAGUUGGUUCAUUCAAUUUCCAUACUGAAAAUUUUGUGCAAAAAGCAACAGACCCAUUCCCAAGCGACUUUGUGCAAAGAGAUGGACUUAACAGAACCCAUUUUCUGAUCUGGCUACCAGUGCAACAAAAAUAAUAAGAAUCUUCUCUAUCCAUUUGAUUGCAGUGUUGAUCUUCAAAUAGAAGCAAUUGAUCUGAAAUUCAUUGAAAGACUGAUACUACUAAGGGCGAGGAAACUUCAAAAACUGUCUCUCAGGCAGUUAAUAUGCUUAUUUAAAAGGCUUUGCUUGUACAGGGUGGGCCAAUAAAAGUGAGAACAUCUCGUAGCAAAGUAUAAUUUAAUUAAUUAUAAUUCUUCAAGGAAUUUUUUUUGUGCAAAAUAUUUAGUUAAUCAGAAAUCAUGUUCAAUGUGUUCUCCUGGCUUCUCAAUGACUUUUUCCAAGCGUCGAAACCACUAUAGUAUAUGGGUAUAGUUAAACUAAAUUUUAUGUGAUUAAAUCACAUUUUACGAGAUGUUCUCACUUUUAUUGGUCCACCCUGUACUUGUGAAUUCAUUUCAGUGUUUGACACUACCUAUAUCUGUGAAAAAGACAAAUCUGGCGACAAAGCAGCCUUAUCUGAUGAACCAUUACAAGCACUUUUUAUGACUUAAGUUAUUAGUACUAACUUAGAAGCCAAACUAAAAUAUAUGAUGUCAGAAGAGCACCAGUUUCAUGUACUGAGACGUAGUCGAAGACUUUUUCAUAGAGUUAUAUUUUAAAUUAAAUCAAUGAAAUAUUACAUUGUCAGAAAGUGAAUUCUCGCUUCAUGUGACAUUUCGACAAGAAAAACAGUGUGUCUUACUUGUUUUAAAUAUAAGUUUUUAUGAUGUAUAAAUUUAUGAGAUUUCUGAUGUAAGAUAUAGGACACCUUGAUUUUGGCACAACUCAUGAAGAGAGCUUCUUAUUAGCUCUUGUCAAAAAAUGUUUGCUAACCCGUUGACUAUGUUUUAGCUAAACUGGCUAAAGGCUACCUUUAUAAAAACCUGUGCCAAGAAAACUAGUUAAAUUAUUAAUAAAUUAGCUAAACUUAUCAUGUAAUUUAAAAAUUCUGCUGUGGUAGCACACAUAACUUUAGACCAUGAGUGCUUAAAUAUUUUUAAAAUAAUCUAACAGGAACUAAUAUGCAUUUGGUUGAUCUAUUUUUGUCAAACCUUUGUCAUAGAUGUUAAAACUUAAUUUAAUUACUUAUAUUUACAAUUUUAUGUUAUAAAAAUAUAUUGGAAUUUCAGCCAUGGUGGACCAGGGGGUGGCACAAAUACAGAUGACAGACGUUACUUUGAUCCUAUCGCAUACCGCAUCAUUUUGUUUGAUGAGAGGGGUGCUGGAAAAUCUAUUCCAGCUGCAGAAAUCAAGGUCAUAAUGAAACGAAUGUGCUUAGAAAUAUAUGAAGAUGUAUCAUAUAAUAACAAGCUUGUUUAAAUAAAGCAAAGGAAUUUAAAAAAAAAAGACAUUGUAAUAAAUAAAUGAUUAGGGCCUAACAACAUUCUCAAAUAUAUUUAUUUUAUAUUAACAGGAGAACACAACAUGGAACUUAGUAGAAGACUUGGAACGUCUCAGAAAUCAUCUGGGGAUUGAAAAAUGGGUUGUAUUUGGUGGUAGCUGGGGAUCUUGUCUCUCUCUCACUUAUGCUGAGACUUAUCCUGACAAAGUUAAGGCCUUGGUUGUUAGAGGCAUUUUCACUUUACGCAGGUAAUUAAGGACAGAUUUUAGAAAUGAUAUAUAUAUUGUAGUCUACAAUAUUCUAAACUGUGUCUAUGGAAGUUCAUUAGACAAAAAAUAUAUGUCUAAGUCUACAUCUAUUGAUGGUCCCGAAAAAUGUGGGGAAGGGGUGCAUGAGGCGAGGCAUAAGUUUUAUUUAAUGCAAUAACUGUGAAUGACCAUUCAAAUCAAACUUUUUAAUAAACUUUCUGUGUUACACUUACAAGAAUGAAAUGUGCACCACAAAUGAUUCAAAAGUUAAAAAAAAUACAUUGUGGAAAAAAAAAUCUUACAUGUCUUUUUUUUUUGUACAGAAAAGAACUGGAGUGGUUCUAUGAGGGUAAAGGAGCUAACAUGAUUUUUCCAGACUAUUGGGAGGAUUUUGUAAACUUCAUCCCAGAGGUUUUUAGCCUUUCAGUUUAAUCAUCGAUGCUCACUUAACAAUUAAACUAAAGUUUCUCAAGUGUUUCAUAUUUUAAUGUUGUUACCUUGUCUAUUAACUGUUGUAAUAAUUUGUAAUGAAGAAAAGAAAUUACAAUGAACUAAGAUAAACAAUUUGUAACUAUAAAAUAUUAUGAAUGUAAUUUUUUUUUUAAAGUGCCCAGAAUAUAUGCACUUACAUUUUAAAGCUUUUUUAAAAAAAAAUAAUAUAUUUAAUUUCAAAUGGAAGAGCAGGAAAAGCUUGUCUAUGCAAAGACAAGAGGAAAAGUACCGGCAGUAAAAAAUUAUAGGUGGUGGGGGGAAAACAAAAAAAAAGACAGUAAGCAAUUGGUUAAACCUUUUGUCAUCAGAUAAGUUAAGGCUCAAAUUAGGUGUAUUUAUAUUUAAUUUUUGUAUGUUCUGGAUUUAUUACUGCAGCUGUAAUUUUAUUGUACGCUUACAUCUAUUUCCACAAAGAAAGUUGAUUUUCAAUCCUGAGCCAAGUUGGCUGCUGUAUUACCUCCUUCCCAAGAUUAGUUGCCUUAUUUGGCUUAAGCCACCCAGCUUGGGAUGACCCUGGACAAAUUCAAAGCCACUACCUCUUUGUUGAAAGGCAUAUGUUACCAUAUGGCCACAAAAAUGAUUGGAGUAUUUAUAUGCUCCCUGUCAAUUUUAUUCAAUGAUUUUCUUACAUUAACAAGAUAUUUUCAAUUGACCCAGAAAUUUAUGAAGCUCAAUAUCAGUAAAAUGUAUUUAAAAAUUUGAUUUAACACUUUGUAGUCCAGAUUUAACAAAGCAGUUCUAUUGUUUUCUAUGAAAAAAUACUCCAGAAAAUUGUAUAAGUUUAACAAUUGCUCCCACUUUAGGUAGAGCGUGGUGCUUUGAUUGAUGCCUAUUACAGAAGAUUAACAUCUCAGGAUGAGGCUGUAAGAAAAGCAGCUGCACAAAGAUGGAGCAAAUGGGAAAUGGCCACUUCAAAACUAUUCAUAAACGAGAAGGAUCUAUUAAGAGCUGACACUGAUGUUGUAUGGGCACUUCAACUGGCCCGGAUAGAGAGGUGGGUGGUUGCUGUUUAAAACAUAAUGGUGUUGAUAGAUACAAAGGGAGAUGAAGAAAUGAUGAUGUUCUAUUAUAACCAAAUAAAUAUUAUGUGGAGGUGUGGAAGCAAUAAAAAGUAAGGCAUUAAUUUUUUUAAAUAAAAAUAAAUACAACCAAAACUAAUUACUUGGUAUCACCAGUGCUUUUUUUGGAUCCGCUACUUGCAUCUCGUUAAUAUUUUAGGGGUCAUCCAUUAUGAUGUCAAGCAUCGAGGGUGGGGGCACAAACUAUUAUCAAAGUGUCUAAAUUAUGUAAAAAAUUUGUGACGGUGAGGGAGGAGGUCAAAAUAACAUUACAAAAAAAUAUGUAUUAUUUUUUAUCUUAGUUCAUUAAAAUUUGUAGUUUGGGUUCUCAAGACUAGUUUGAGAAAUAUUAACAGUCUUCGUUAUUUUUGUGUGUUCCAUGCUUUUUAUUAGCAGGUUGAGAAGUAAUUGGUAAUUUUAAAAAAUUUUACUUCUUUUUAAAAUUUAAAUAAAUUAUUUAAAGUUUGCAUGCAGUGGUAUAGCUAGGAAUAGUGCCGCCCGGGACGAGUCAAGCUUUUUGCCACUCCACCAUUCAUGAUGCAAUGUUUUAAUUAUUUUUCCCCACCUACUAUGCUGGAAAAGUGCAUGUGGACCAGAUAUAAAAUUCUCAAAAGUUACUUGUAAAAUCCGACCAAAAAAGUGUGCCAGUACACUGUUUAGGUGCGUUGGACGCCAUUGGGUGCAUCUUAUGGGUGCAUUCUAUGACAACAUAAUCCCUGGGGUAUCUUUAAUUUUAAGUAUAGGUUUACCACUAAAUGGAUUAUGAGUUAUAAGUUUCAAUUUUAUAUAAUUUCUUUCAGUCACUACUUUGUCAAUGGUGGAUUUUUUAAGUAUGAAAACCAGGUAAUCAACGAGGUUGAUAAAAUUAAACAUAUUCCUGCUACCAUUGUUCAAGGUCGCUAUGAUAUUGUUUGUCCCAUGGAUACUGCCUGGCAGCUACAUAAGGUACACAAUAAAAUAAUAUUGAAGUCCAAUAGCCACCACAUAUUACUUAUUAGACUAUAAUCAAAUUGUAUGAAUUUAGUUAUUUAAAGUUAAAAUUAGGACUGCCAAACAUGGUAUGAAAUUAGUUAUUUAAAGUUAAAAUUAGGACUGCCAAUACAUCAAUUUUUGAUGAAAAAACCGCACAUGUAAAGCAAUGUUUUUAUGAGAAAUGUCGUAAUUUUCAGACAAAAUAUUACUUAAAACCUUAAUUUGCUCCCUUCUUUAAAACAUUACUCGAAUAUUUAAUAAUGACAUGGCUUUGUAUUUCUAUUUUUUUAAGCGCUGGCCUGAAGCAGAAUUUUAUUUGGCCCCAGACUGUGGACAUGAGUCAGAUGAACCUGCGAUAAGAACUUUUUUAUUGAAUGCCACAGACAAAUACAAAGAGCUUUAGACUAUUUAUUAUUAUAAAUUAAUUAAUUCAAUAAAAAAAUACAUUAAGUUUUCUCCCUUUUUAAAAGAAAUUUGCUACCUUUGUAACUCAAAUAAAGGCAUUUAAAAAAUGUAAAGUUACAUCUCUUGAACAGAAUAUUAUUAUAGAUGACAUUUUCAGAUACCAAAAACAUUUGACAAAUGCCCUCACCCCUUCCAAUCCUGAUGUGUUUCCAGUAAAUAAUUAUAGGGGGAAAAUCUGCCUCAGAUACUUUUAUUUAUCACUGUGCCAUGCUGUCAUUAUAUGACACAGUGUUUUGUGUACAAAGGCUCCAUUUAUUUGCAUGCCAUCCUCAUUUUGUUUGCUGUCCCAUUAUCACUGUUGAAAUAUGUACCAUACUUAUGCUUGUAGACAAAAUGUCUCAUGAACCCAUAAAUAUCUGCUGACAUUAUACAAUAUUUUCUCAUCUUCCAAAUUUCAUAUUCAUUUCUACCUUUAUAGAUCAUUAAAUAACCAGUUCCAUAACUUGAACAAGUAUCUGUUGUUGAAUACCGGUAC